AAAGUUUUUUCGUAGUGAGCAAUCUGUCAUCUGUCAAUAUCAUUUAUUUUUCCAAAAAACAGUAUUUUUUCAUGAAAAAUCAACUAAUUACUAAAUGAAAUGCUACAUUAACACAAAAACCACGUAUUAAUACAUAAAGCUAUGGGCACAGUUUACGCAAAAUCGGAAGAAAAUGCAUCAAUUUUAUCUACGAUCCCUCAAGAGCCGAUUAAAUCGGAACCUCCACAACAACCAGACCCGCGCGAGAUUUUUCUAGAUGGGGUUAAGGCCCGAGUUGAUAAAAUUCACGUGGAUGGAUUGGCCCGGACUAAAGACGAUAUAAUUGAAGAUUGCAUAAGGGACUUAUUUAAAGCGGCAGAUUUCCAAGAUGUGCUCCUCAGGGCGCACCGGGCCCGCCUUAAACUUGAUGAAUUAGGAUGUUUCAAGAAUAUUGCAGUUUUUAUCGAUACGAGUAAGGGACAAGGUGCGAGCCCUGACGGACUUGAAGUUACUUUCAACGUUACUGAACAUAAAAGGGUGACAGGAGGAGUCACGACGCAAGUGGGAAACAACGAAGGUGCACUACUUAUUGGUCUAAGGGCUCCUAAUUUGUUCGGACGUGGAGAACGGGUGCAAGUUGAGUACAGUCAUGGUUCCAAAAGGACGACAAAUUUUAACCUUUCUUUUAUCAAACCAAUGAGAGGCAAAUAUAGACCUAUGUUUACCACCAGUGUGUUCCAAUCAAACGCUGAAUGGCCUGUAUCUGGUUACAAACAACUAGAUAGAGGUUUACUUUUUGACUUUGGGUUCCACUCAACUGCCUUGAUUAAACAUAACAUUCAAUGGGAGGCUACUAUCCGUGAUUUGGCUGUAUUAAGCCGAAAUACUUCUUUUGAAGUUAGAGAACAAGCGGGACUUAGUUUAAAAUCGGCCUUGAGACACAUAAUAUCAAUCGAUUUAAGGGAUGAUUUGAUUUUUCCCACAGCCGGCAGUCUUUUGCAGUUAACGUCGGAAAUUGCAGGUCUUGGUGGUGACGUUGGUUUUUUAAAGAACGAGUUUUUCAUUCAGGGAAAUUAUUCGAUCGUUGAGGAUUUUGUUUUGCAAGGAACAUUAUCAGGUGGUUUCAUGCGGGGUUUGAGUAACGAUAUGAAAAUUGGAAUGUCAGAUUUGUAUUAUCUGGGAGGGCCUUUAACGUUGCGAGGUUUUCAAAUGAGAGGAGUGGGCCCCCAUUCGGAGGGUGACGCUUUGGGCUCAAUGGCGUAUUGGGCGUCAGGGUUGCAUUUGUUUAGCCCUUUGCCGUUUAGACCUGGAAGAGGAGGAUUUGGGGAUUUGUUCAAAACGCAUCUUUUUAUCACUGCAGGAAACGUUGGGGAUUUCAGCUUGAGUGACAAAAAUUUAAUAGAGUCACUUACCGCCAGCGUACGCAUUUCAUACGGCUUAGGCAUCGCACUUCGUCUCGGAAAUAUGGCAAGAGUAGAAGUAAAUUACUGUUUUCCUCACACGUUUGAAAAAGGCGAUCAAAUCCAUCCAGGAAUACAAUUUGGAAUCGGCGUACAAUUCGUUUAAAAUCCAAAUCAUUAGUCAUUUAUUUCGUUGAAACUAAAUAAAUAAUGUACACACUGUUAUUAAAAUAAAGUUUGUUAACAAGGAAUAAAUUUAAACAGGCUGACUUCCCA